AUGAUUGAAGACGACGUCUACCGAGCCUCGUCACAGUACCGUUACUGGUCCUACACCAAGGAGUCCCUCGCUCGAAUACGAGAGGAGACGAACAAACUCGCCUCUCAGCGGGUGAGAGCUGCGUUUCGGCGCGUGCAUGCUGCCAACGGGUCGUCAGAGAAUGGAGACAAUCACAACGAUGACACUCGGGCGGAUCAUGUCGAGAUCGAGACCCUGACAGUAGCCGAGGAGCUGAAGAUUGUUGAAUGGGGGUGUUCUAAAAUUAUGGACAUGGGUGAAGCCAUGAAUCCGAGAAUACCGUCGCAUGUGGUGGCUACAGCAAUCCAGUACCUCCGCCGAUUCUACCUCACAAACUCGCCAAUGACAUAUCAUCCAAAACAAAUCAUGAUGUGUGCGCUGUAUCUCGCCACCAAGGCCGACCACUUCUACAUCUCGCUGUCACGUUUUGUCGCUGAACUCAACAAUGUCAGUGAAGACGACGUGAAAGCCCCCGAAUUCCUGCUCUUGCAAGGCCUAAGGUUCACGCUGGACGUGCGGCAUCCAAUGAAGGGUCUCCAGGGAGGACACGUCGAGAUGAACGUCUUAGCAGAGGAAGGGAGAUUGGGAAGCAGCAUCACCAAGGCUAGUGGGAGCGAGAAACGAGUCGGUGUCGCCGCGGACAAAGCGAAGAAGCUUCUGGCUACAGCGGCACAAAUGACAGAUGCCUAUUUCCUCUAUACACCCAGCCAAAUCUGGCUUGCUGCGGUCAUGAUAGCUGAUCGAGAGCUCGUGGAAGCGUACAUCAGUGCCAAACUCGAUGCUCUGCCACUACUGGCCAACGGCCCUGACGCCACCGCUGAACAUUUCAAGCAAAAGUUAACGGCGACGAUCGCUUCUUGUGCUGCCCUUCUCGAGUCUUAUCGAAGCUCCGACGACGACGCUGCCCAGCGCAAGGAAAUGAGACGAAUCGGCAAGAAAUUGACCGUGUGUCAGAAUCCGGAGAAGAUGGACAUCGUGGCAGUAGCAAGGGCAAAGGCGGCAGCAAAGAGGGAAGGGGCCGAGGGAACAGAUGCAGAAAAGGCCCUCAAGAAGCGCAAACUGGAGCGGGAGAGGCUGGAAAGGGACGGAGAUGUGUUUGGACCGGAAUUGAGGGAUAUCAAAGGUUGA